AGAUAAACGGUACUUCGAUGACUAUUCUCUCUCUCUCUGCCUAAAGCAACAGAAGGUUUUGUGAUCUGCUCCGAUGAAUAUUCCGGCCACCGCUCAUGAACCGAACGUUGUCUCCAUCAACGUCGGAGGCAGAAUCUUCCAGACGACGAAACAAACCUUAACCUUAGCCGGAACCGAUUCUCUUCUCUCCCAACUCGCCACUGAGUCUACUACUCGUUUCGUCGAUCGAGAUCCCGCUUUGUUCUCCGUCCUUCUCUACAUCCUCCGUACGGGAAACCUCCCCGCGAGAUCAACCUCCUUCGACGUCCGAGAUCUCAUCGAAGAGUCCAGAUACUACGGAAUCGAGCCCUUCCUCAUCGACUCCCUCUCGAAUCCGUCCCAGUUCGAGGCCUUCGAUCUCCGUAAAUCCCGCAUCCUCCAAUUAAACGGACGAGACUCUCCGUCAACGAUCGCACCGGCGAGUAACGGCGGAGGAGGCCUCCACGUGGCGCACGGAAGCAAAAUCACUUCCUUCGACUGGUCGUUGCGGCGGAAAUCGACGGUGCUGACUAACUUCUCCGCCGUGGAUUCGCUUCUGGAGAUCUCCCCGGGAGUUUUAGCGGCCGGAGCCACCGACUUCCCCGGCUUGCAGAUCAUCGAUCUCCAAAACGGCGGAAACGUACGGACGACGCUGAACUGGGAGAACGUGGCUAGCUCGACGGUUCAAGGCGUAGGCUCUUCCUCCGAGUUUCUGUUCGCUAGCUUCGAAUCUAGCAGAAGGAACUCGAAUUCGAUUAUGGUGUACGAUCUCUCCACGUUGUUACCUCUCUUAGAGCUCGACCGUCGCGAUAUCUACGGUGCUGGAAAUGAUUCUGCGAUCCCGUCGAAUAAGUUGAGAUGGAUUCAGAGCUGUAACUUGCUGAUGGUCUCUGGCUCUCACGCUAGUCCGUCUGGCGUGAGUGGUCACGUGCGGUUUUGGGAUGUUAGGUCGAGGAGUAUGGUUUGUGAGAUUAAGGAGAGGGAAGAUUGUUUCGCUGAUGUCGCUGUCUCGGAGAAUCUCUCAGCGGUUUUCAAGGUUGGUGUGGCUUCAGGGGAGGUUUUCUACAUGGAUUUGAGGGGUUUAGGAGUUAAGGAUCAGCCAUGGGUUUGUCUUGGGGAAGAGAAGAAGAGAAGUUUUAAUGAGAGGAAAGGAGUUGGGUGUAAGAUAGAGAGCUAUGGGAAUCAUGUGUUUUGUAGUAAAGGGAGUGGGAUCGAGCUUUGGUCUGAAGUGAUUACGGGUUUGGUAGGGAAUGCGAGCCGGGAUGUAUUAGAAGAGAGGGUUUUUAGGAAAAAUUCGUUCGCGGCGGAUUCAGGAGAAAACAAGAUUACUGGAUUGACGUUUGGAGGGAGCAGGAUGUUUGUGACCCGGAAGGAUCAACAGUCUAUCGAGGUUUGGCAGAGUCCGAGUCGUGGAGUAUCGAUGUAAUGUCCCCCAGUAUCAAGCGGGUUUAUCUACCUGAGCUAGUUCUGUAAUUGGAGAGGCUGUUAUUACCGUUACCAACUUCGGAUUCAUGAAACAUGAUACCGGAAUAU